AGCGUGUUUUUGAGGGGAAAAAUGUGGGUCACACUUGAUAAGAACGCGCAACAGACAGGCAACAGGCAGACAUGGCACCCGUGUUGGGAUACUGGAAUAUUAGAGGGCUUUGCCAACCCAUCAGGUUGCUGUUGAACUAUGUAGAACAAGAGUAUGAAGAGAAGGUAUACGUGCUUGGUCCAGGUCCUGACUUCAACGAUGAGGACUGGACUGGGGAAAAAUUCAACCUUGGAUUGUCAUUUCCAAACAUCCCCUACUGGAUAGAUGGCGACACUAAGCUGGUGCAAAGCCAUGCUAUCCUCAAAUAUCUGGCCAGGAAGCAUAACCUCUGUCCUACGUCAGAGCCAGACAUGACAAGAUGCGACAUUCUGGAAUACCAACUCCUGGAUUUUUUUACGGACCACGCCCUCGUUUGCUACAGUAGAUUUAAGAAAAUUGACCAUCAUGAAACAAGAAAAGCCGAAUUUUUAGAGAAACUGCCGGACAAGCUGAAGCAGUACUCGGAGUUCUUGGCAGACCGCCCUUGGUUUGCAGGCGACAAGAUCUAUUUCGUGGACUUUCUGGCCUACGAUACUCUGGACAUACAGCGCGUAUUUGCCCCUGGCUGUCUGGACGCCUUCAAGAACCUAACAGACUACAUGGCAAGGUUUGAGGCCCUUCCUUCAAUUCAGAAGUACAUGCAAUCUGACAAGUUUUUGAAGAAACCGAUUUUCAACAAAGUGGCGGACUGGCGCGGUGACUAAUCACAAAUUUUCGACGUCGACUUUUCACAGAUUCCACAUAAAACUUAACGGAACCUUGCUUAAUGGGAGUUACAAAGUGGCAUAGCACUCGCUUUCUCCAUUUACUACACUGAAUCAUAACCAAUGCUUUCGACGUUGUUACUUUUGAAUACAAAUGCACUGUACAUGUAGGUGAGAGCCUCAGUUCAACCGGUCUCAUCAUGUCCAAGUUACGUCACAGGGUCUAAUUCGGACGGCGACCCCUGUUGGAGACAAACAAAUGCUUUAGACCCCUCCCCUCGCACCCUUGCGUUCCAAAUUCAAAUUGUAUAUUUUUAUAUGAAAAUCGACUGUGUAUUAUGCAUGAACAUUUUAACAAAUAUAAAAUUGCACUUUUUUACUUCAUCAAGACUGUCAAAUUUGAUGACGCGUUUGCUGACAGAGCCAGCUCAGUGAAAAUAAAGCUUUUAGAUUAAACUGCACUUGUCGCCAUUAUUA